GACUUGCAGCGUGCAUUGAAACCAGGGGAGAAAACCAAAAAACAACUCUGGAAUUUCUGAGCAGAAUUCUCCUCUUAUCGUGUUUCCAACAUGUUAUGUUGGCGGUGACGCGGGACGCCAGCUUUGUGUCCCGAUCAGCCCUCUUCGCUUCGCGAUCGCAAGCAGGGCUCCAAAAGACGAGAGCUAUCACCACCACCACCACCAACUCCACCACCACCGCCAUCACCAAUAAAAAAACCUUCAUCCGGCGUGGGGAAGCCAGAGAUGCCCUCCCAUGCUGGGAUCUUCUUCACACACUCCAGGGGUUACCGCUGUGAAAAGGAGACCGACGAGGAGAGGGGAGGCAGCUGCGCUCAAACACCAUGAUGCGACAAUUUAACGAUGGUCGCCCCCUCAGAACAGAAACAUAAACCAAUCUGAGCCUGUGAGAAGCUUAAUCUCGACGAGCCUUCACCCUGAAUUUGACUGCAGGCAAAACUCCCUGAAUGGAACACCUAGUAAAGAGAAACACCCACCACUUUUCUGCAAAGGUUCGGUACGUGAGGACGCAACCAUCCUUCAAUGAAUGGGAAAACAACUUUAGGGUUGUUUCUGGCACUGAGCACCGGUUUACAUCCAGCUGAAUCUUCAAUCACAUCCGUUCAACUGUAUUGACCUCACUGCCCUUUGUCCUCUCAUACAAUUUUGGCCACUGUGCAUCUCUUAAAGAAGCACCAAUGGCCCGCAGUGUGAGCAUGGUGAUCAGUGCCUUCUUCUGGUCUGUGGCUCUUGUUUAUGUGACUCAUAUCAGUAAAGUCAAUGGAGACUGCUGGUUAAUUGAGGGCGAAAAGGGCUUUGUGUGGCUGGCGAUUUGUAGCCAAAAUCAACCCCCUUAUGAGGCCAUCCCUCAACAUAUCAAUAGUACCAUCGUUGACCUUCGUCUCAAUGAAAACAAAAAAAGCAUCCAAUACUCUUCUCUGAGCCGCUUUGCCAACUUGACCUACCUGAAUCUGACAAAGAAUGAUAUCUCUUACAUAGAAGAUGGGGCUUUUUCUGCCCAAUUCAAUCUACAAGUCCUCCAGCUAGGCUUCAACAAGAUGCGGAACUUGACAGAGGGGAUCCUCCGGGGGUUGGGCAAGCUGCAGUACCUCUACCUCCAGGCUAACCUGAUUGAGACUGUGACACACAAUGCCUUUUGGGAAUGCCCCAACAUUGAGAACAUUGACCUCUCCAUGAACCGUAUCCAGCAGUUAGACGGGUCCACUUUCGCCAACCUGAGUAAGCUCACGACCUGUGAGCUAUACACCAACCCGUUCAACUGUUCCUGUGAGCUGCUUGGCUUCGUCAAGUGGCUCUCGGUUUUCCCCAACAGGACCAAUGAGAGGAUGGUGUGCGACUCCCCACAAGGUGUCUCUGGUUACAGCCUUCUGAGCACGCUUCCCAAUGACCAUACGUACAGGAACGCUCUUUACAUGCUCACCACUGUGUGUACAGAUGACUACGUGACCCCAUACAUUCCCAUUCCCCCGGAGCUCACCACCCCACAUCCUGACACCACCCCCUGUCUGCUGGACGACUGCUACUCAGGUACAGAGCCGGAUGACAUCAUCACCACCACGACGUACAACAACGAAGUGGAAGUCAAGCCCAAGAUGAAACUGAAACAGGUGUCUGACACAGGGGCCAUCAUCAGUGUGCAGAUCCCUCACCCCUACAAGAAGAUGUACAGCCUGGUUCAGUACAACAACAGCUUCUUCACCGACAUACAAAACCUGAAAGUUAUCAAGGAGGACAUUGAGCUCAAAAACCUGAAACCCCACACUGACUACAUGUACUGCGUCGCUUCUAUACGAAAUUCUCUCAGAUUUAACCACACCUGUCUACAAAUCACUACAGGCCCAUGGCAUGGGAAGGGCAGAGCAGAAAACAACGCGGCCGCGACCCACUACAUAAUGACCAUUCUGGGAUGCCUAUUCAGCAUGAUCAUUGUCUUGGGGGUGGUCUAUUACUGCUUGAGGAAAAAGCGCCAACUAGAUGACAAGCACAAAAAGACAGAGAGUCUGAAGAAGAACCUUAUGGAACUCAAGUAUGGACAGGACCUUGAAGGGGGAACCAUGCCACGCAUGUCCCAGAAGCAGAUGAUGGCUGGAGAACCCAUGGGCCGAAUGCAGUACAUGCAGCCUGGAAAUGAGAUGGAUCAAUACAAGUUCCAGGAGCUAAGUGACAUGCCUAAGAUGAACAAGGGGAAUUACAUGGAGGUGCGGGGUGGGGACCACCACGAAUGCAGGGAAUGCGAUAUGGGAAUGCCCGGCAACAGCCAAGGCUCGGUUGCAGAGAUUUCUACCAUUGCAAAGGAGGUGGAUAAAGUAAAUCAGAUCAUCAACAACUGUAUAGAUGCUCUGAAGUCAGAAUCCACCUCAUUCCAGGGGAUGCAUUCCGGGGCGGUGUCUAAUGCAGAACCCCAGCUGGUAUUAUUGUCAGAACAUCCCCAGAGUAAAUCGGGCCUUCUGUCGCCAGCAUACAAUGACAGCUACCACCACUCGUUGCAGAGACACCGCUCCUCCGACGUCCCAAAGAGGCCCAGCACUGCCACGGGCGGACCUAUGAGGAGCCCCAGGCCAUACCGCUCCGAGUCAAAGUACCUAGAGAAGAACUCCCCCACGGGAGAGACCAUCCUCACUGUGACGCCCGCCGCCGCCAUCCUGAGGGCGGAGGCGGAGAAGAUGCGUCAGUACAGCGGCCACCGCCACUCCUACCCCGAUCCCCAGAUCGAGGAACUCGAGGGACCCGACGGCCACAAGUCCUCCAUCCUGGAUCCGCUCACCCACUCCCGCACCAGAGACUUAGCCUACUCCCAGCUCAACUCCCAGUACCACAACAUGAGCUACUCCUCCAGUCCAGAGUACUACUGCAAACCUUCCCAUAGUAUCUGGGAGCGGUUUAAGCUCCGGGGGAAACGGCAUAAGGAUGACGAAUACAUGGCCGCUGGGCAUGCGCUGCGCAAGAAAGUGCAGUUUGCGAAAGACGAGGACUUACAUGAUAUUUUAGACUACUGGAAGGGUGUGUCUGCUCAGCAUAAGUCGUAACUGUUCUGAGUGGAAACCACAGAUGCUUACAAAGGCAUAACGACUUUGUGUGACAAAUAUUUCAACGGAUACUUCCAUAUUGCUACUCAUUUGUGUGUAUCACAUUCGAUUUUGAUUGUGAGGAAGAUUAAUAUUUGACUUAUCAUACUAAUUACAACAUUAACGGGGGAAACCUUUUACUUAGUAAGGAUAAAAUAUACUGCAAAUUGAGAACGUAUUUGUUGCAAUGGAUUAUAGGUUUUUGGGUAAUGCAUGCCCAAGUCCUGUGACAGUGGAAUUUGCUGUUGUGUACUUUUGAGAAUAUUAUAUGAAGAAUAUGUGUCUACUGAAACGUCAAUAUUUUUCUUGGAAAAACUAUGUGAACCACGAAACAUUAAUUUACUACCUUCCUACAGUAUAUUUCAAUAAUAUAAAUUGUACAGAAAUGGUUUCCGUAUUUGCUGUAAAAAAAAGAAUUGAAGCAUUGUAGAGAAUUGUUUAGAUAAUGCCAAUGUGGAGCUGGGGGUAUUAGAGGAAGGGCUCUCUCCAGGAUGCCAUGUCUUACUUUAAACCUAUCAGAAAGCCUGUUACCAUCCCCACUCAAGUAACCCCUUUAUCACCUAUCACACCCCGUUUUUUUUUUCUAUUUAUUUUCACCAUAUAAAUGUUCACACCCACACAUUAAAGAAA